UUUCCUUAUUUGCUUCCAACAAAAGAAAGGGGUUAGAUUUUUUACCUUAUUUUCUUGCAGUGAGAUUUUUUUAACCCUUAUUUUCUGAUUGCCAAGAUUGUAAUUAGGUUUUAAAAUGGUACAGAUUUUUGGAUAACGGGUUGUUUUGGAGUACUCUUGAUUGCCCUAUGUUAUUUAAUAGUUAAAUACUAGAAUGGUUGUUGGUGUGCCAAGUGGUACCAAUUGCUGUGGAUCUGCCAAAAAUUGGAAGGAUCAAAUUAUUUUUUAUGUAGUUUCUCAAAAAGACACUGUUUUUAAGAUCAGUAGUAGAUUGGAGGUGAACUACAUUUUUUCAAACCAUGUACUUAUGUGGCAAUAUUUACAUAUUCAAUGAUAACAGGAUUGGUUGUUAUUAGUGCAGUGGAUAUCACAAGUGUAAAUUCAUUUAUGCCUUUACUAUGGUUCCUAGAAUUUUCUUAAAUGCAUAUUAUACUUUUAAAUAUGUGUUUAUUAUAUAGUGCCUUCUAGGUAACUGAAGAAUAAAGAAAAGUAUUGGAUUCUAUGGUAUGUUAUUUGUAGGAUUCUACGAUUCUAUCCAAUAAAUCCGGGAUUAAAAUCUGAAAAGGAUUCUACAAGUGCCGGUGCUUAUGUGAGUUGCGAUGUCUCCCUAAUCGGUAGCUCAUGCAAAAAUUGUACGAACUAGUGUCUUGGCAAGCUUAAUUUGUGGACUCCAACAUUUACGGCAUCGUAAAUUGCACUGCCAAGAUAACAGGUAGAGCAAUUAUUGACUGAUCGUGUGUCUGAUACCAUGUUAGAUGGGAAUACAACAAGGCUUCGGUGGAUAAUUAAGGAACCCAACAAUCUAGUACCCAAGUAUACUUCUUUUGAUUUAUGUAUUACAUGGGGCACAUAUGAAAUGCUCUUGACAUAGUUACAACCAGAGGUAUACGCAGAAGUGAUAGAAAGCAGACUAGAAAUGUCACAAAUGUUAUACAAUGAACCAAGAUUGAAAGCUCAACCAUACAACUUUUGCAAGAGGGCAAAAUAUCUGAAGACUAUCAAAUACUAUAGUUGCAGUGGACAAUUGGAGAUAGGCUGUGUCUAUGACCUGAUUUGGCCCGGACCAUUUGCUAUCUCAUUGUAAAAUCAGUGUAUGUUUGGCAUCCAACACAUGUUUAUUUCAUCAAAAGCGACUUUUCUCUGAAGCCCUUCAAAGUGGGACCAUGGAAGGAUUUUUCAGGUUGAUUUCUUACUUCCAAACUCAAUCAGAACCUGCAUAUUGUGGAUUGGCCAGUUUGUCUGUUGUUUUGAAUGCCCUUGAAAUAGAUCCACGAAGAAAAUGGAAAGGCCCUUGGAGAUGGUUUGAUGAGUCCAUGUUGGACUGCUGUGAACCUUUGGAUAAGGUCAAAGCUGAAGGCAUCACAUUUGGGAAAGUUGCCUGCUUAGCUCAUUGUGCCGGAGCUAAAGUCGAAGCUUUCCAUACGAACCAAAGCACCAUUGGUCACUUCCGUGACCAUGUAAUAAAAUGUACUUCCACUGAAGAUUGUCAUCUAAUUGCAUCAUACCAUAGGAAGCCUUUUAAACAGACAGGAAGUGGUCAUUUUUCACCAAUUGGUGGCUAUCAUGCUGGAAGUGACAUGGCACUCAUUUUGGAUGUUGCACGUUUCAAAUAUCCUCCUCACUGGGUUCCACUCACACUUCUUUGGGAAGCCAUGGAUACCAUAGAUGAAGCAACUGGAUGUCCAAGGGGGUUCAUGCUCUUGUCAAGGCUUCAGAAAGCGUCAUCUUUGCUUUAUACACUGAGCUGCAGACAUGAGAGUUGGGUUAGCAUGGCAAAGUACUUGACUGAUGACGUACCUAUUCUCUUAAAAUCUGAGGGUUUACACACUGUUCCAGAAGUUCUUAACGUUAUAUUUAAAUCCCUACCCACCAAUGCUGGGGAUUUUAUCAAGUGGGUUGCAGAAGUUAGAAGACAAGAGGAGGAUGAGCCGAGAUUAAGCAUGGAGGAGAAAGAAAGGCUUGCAGUGAAGGAAGAGGUACUGCAACAAGUUCAUGAGACCGAACUAUUUAAAUUCGUAUCAGACUUCUUGCUUUCUGCAAGAUCAUGUUGCGCAAAUUUGUUGUCUUCUAGAGAUAAAGAUUUGUUACCAGAAAUUGCAGCUACUGUCUGUUGCCAAGGGGCGGCGCUUUUAUCAGGGGACCUUGGAGCGAGCGAAAGCUUUUGCUGCAGCGAAACAUGCAUCAAAUGUCUGAGGGCCAAUGGGGAUGCACCUAUGACUGUUGUAUCUGGUACAGUGGUUUCAAAUGGCAAUAAACAAGGGGUUGACAUGCUCAUACCAGUAUCACCAGGAAAUUCGAAAAGUUGUUGCAGUUUCAGUCAUAAUAAUUGUGUUGUGAUGCACCCAACAAUUAAUGAUGUCUUCACUGUUCUCUUAUUAGCUUUGCCUCCCCAAACUUGGAUCGGUAUCAAGGAUGACAGACUGUUAGCUGAAAUUCAUGGCCUUGUUUCAAUUGAGAAUCUUCCGGAUGUUCUUGAACAGGAGGUUUUGCACUUGCAACGGCAGCUCCAUUUCCUGAAAGAGAUGCAAAGAUAAAGAACUAGACAAAGACAUUGUGUUGCCCUCACGCUCUUGAUAGGAUCAUCAUUUUCUGGUGCGCUACAAUUAACGGAGAGAUAUUGGACUCCUAUUCUGAGAGUCUAGGUGUCUGACAAACUAUGUUUGCUGAACUAGAUAUGCUGAAAGCGAUCUGCCCUGUCAAGCAUGCCUCCUUUUUUUUCUUUCCUAUUAACAUUGUGCAUGUAAUUAUUUCACAUGUAUAAUAACGUAUAUGAUCUCAUUGUUGUUUAAUGGUGAAAUAGUGUUAAGAAGGAAAUUUUGGAAGGCUCGCUCUUGGAAAAAAGAAAAUUAUGUAGUGGGCAGUUUUGAAAUUCAGCUGCAUCUGAUUGAUUUUGGAUUUGCUUUAUGUUUCAGUUUCAGGAUUGAUUUGUCAGAUA